AUAACUGCAAAAGAAAGGUCUACCACUGAGAGAAAACAUAAAGUUUAGCAAAGUAAAACUUCAGCCGCAUUAACUUUGCAACACAUUUCCCUUUGCGCUGCUCCUUUAAAUCCGCGUUUCAGUCAUCCGUGCCUUUGCAGUGCAAGCUUUCCUUUGCGCUUCAUUUUUUCUUUGCGCCUCGCUUUGUGUCCCUGAUUUGACGUGGGGGAGGGGUCAAGAGGUUGAGGUGUGUACAAGGGACGAAGGCGCGUCCUUCUCGUUACGUCAUCAGCGCGAGCCCCAGAGCCCUGACCGAGUGGAUCGAUCGAAAUGGCGGAGCAGAGACAUGCGGGUGAUGGAUCACAGAGAGAAUAUUCAGAUGUCUGUACAGCUGCACAGAAUUUAAUAGGUCUUCUGACCCAAAGCCUUGGUCAGAUUCAGUCAGCUCAGGGUCAGCAGCAGCAGCCACAACAACGACAGCAGCCUCCUGCUAUUUCUCAGCCUCGAAUAGAGCAGGAUAUGGCCAGAUCUUUUCCUGGGAUGUUUAAAAAAGCAAAGAAGAAAACUCCAAAUCAACAAAUACAUGUGAAAGCCACACCUUGGAAACCAUUUGCUGUUUCCAUAUAUUUAAUGAGCAGCAACACUGACACCUCACCCACACCUUCUGAAGAGCUUGAACUACUCCAGGCCGGACUAGGAAAACGGGUGAUUACAAUUUCAUCCAAUGUGAACCAUUCGGAUUUAUGCAAGCUCCUUGAAGCUGAAUUUCCAAAGAUGAAGUCCCUUACUGGAGGGUGGUUACUUUAUAAGGCACCAGGUGGGAAUGGAAGAAGAAAGCUUACUGUUGUUCCUCCAGACUCAGAGGGUUAUACAGGCAGCCUUCUCAAAAUGGCUACCACUGCUGGAAAAACAGCACUGUAUAUGGUCCCUCUUCAAGAUGAGUUAUGUCUUGAUCCACUGCCAUUCUCAGCAGAAGAGUUUGCGAAGAUGCCAAAGGUUGAGUGUCGUACUUGUAAAACCACAAUGCCACUACCAGUUUUGUACUUGCAUGUUAAAUCUUGUGGUGGCUGCACACAGUCCGCUAAUGAUGAGACUACUGAAGAUGAUGAUGAGGAUGUAAAAGUAGUUGGUGAGAUUACCAGAGCAGUUACCCCUACAGCCCCAGCUUCUAUACACACACCCACCACUUCAAUACAAACUUGUUCUCCUACACCCACCACAAGUUUUGAGGAUGAGGGACAGUGUCCCAUUUGUUUAGACACAUUUUCACAGACAGAGUUGCCCAUGCAUGCAAGUGUAUGUGGAGAUAGUACAUUACAGACACUGGAUUAUGAGAGCAGUCCUCCGUGUGGCACACCUGUACAGCAAAACCAAGGCCCAGACAUGAAAUGUCCAGAUGAUGUAUUGCGUUUGUUGGCAAGUAGGGUAGAUGACAGCAAGGAUUUCAAGAUCUGUGUUUCUCGAACUGACUUCUAUCAAAGAGCUAUGGUGCAGUGGCAAAGACAAAAGAGAGGAACCCCGGGCAAUACUUUGCGUGUAACAUUUUUGGGGGAAGCAGGUGUUGACACAGGUGCCAUUCGUAAGGAAUUUCUUUCAGAUUUGAUUGGUGAGAUUGAGAAACACCUCUUUGAGCACAGAGGACACCAGAGAGGGAAGAGCCCCAUCUACUCCCUAAGUAAUAUGGAGAAGGGAUUUUUUAGGACUGCUGGAGAAGUGUUUUCUGUUAGUCUCGCUCAGGGUGGGCCUGCCCCCCGUUUCUUGAGGCCGUGGUGCUUUGAUUAUCUCUCAUCUGGAGACUUGGAUGAAUCAACUCUAACUAUAGAUGAUGUGGAUGAUGCUGAACUUUAUCAUUUGAUUAAAAAGGUGGAGGAAGAAGAAACCGAUCUCUCUGCAUGGAAUGAUCAAAUAAUUAACUGUGGUUUUACUGGGGCCGUUAAACCUGAGAACAAAGAGGCCAUAAUAAGAUCAAUUGUGCUUCAUGCAACUCUACGUUUGGUCCCUUUGUUGAAGCAAAUCCGAAAAGGUCUUGAAGUCUACAAUUUUGUAGACAUUCUGGAAAACCAUUCAGGACUUUGCCACCAGUUCUUUGUCCCUGAUGUGGUGGAUGAUGAUGAUGAUAAGGCUGAUGCAGACUUCAUCAUGCAGAACAUUCUUCCGAAAAUGUCGGAGAAGGGAUCAGUACGAGAGACUUAUGAAACGGCUAUAAUCAACUUUCUGCAAGACUUUCUCCAAGAAAUUGAAAGCUGUGAGGAUAACCCUGACGGAGACAUCCUGCCCUUAACUGUCCCCGGUGUUAUGCAAUGGCUCACUGGCCAGGGACACAAACCUCUUCUAAUGUCAGAACUUAAAGAAUUCAAAAUUUCUCUUCAUUUUGACCAUGAGUGUAUGCAGAGGAUGCCAGAACAUAAAAUAUGCUUCCCAGUUGUAAGUGCCUGUGCCAGAAAAAUUACAUUUCCCACAGUACACAUGGGUGACUACAGUUCUUUUAAGUCAGUCAUGUUGCAAGCCAUUCAAUUUGACAACGGUUUUAACAGAAUUUAAAAUGUUACUAAAUGUAUGGAAUUGUACAUGUUCGGGAAACAAAAACUUUUAUACAUUGGCAAAUGUUCUUUAUGGUUUUGAAAUUUACUGUGUAUCUGUAGAGAACACAACGUGUUACAUAUUGUAAAAUUUGAUAUCUUAAUGCAUGUGUUUAGAGAACACGUUGUUAUAAGAGCCUUUUUCUUAAAUAUAGCAAAUACAGAAAAUAAAACAAGCAUGCAAUGUCAA